AUGGCGACCACCAGUUCCAUGUUUAUGUACUCUCUUACCAUCCAGCCUUCCACCUCCGUCACUCAGGCAAUUCUUGGACAAUUUGCUGGCACGAAAGAGCAGCAAAUAGUUACAGCUUCCGGCUCUCGGCUCACUAUCUUCAGACCAGACCCCACACAAGCCAAAGUCACGCCUAUCUUGUCGCACGAUGUCUUCGGCAUCAUACGAACGCUGGCGCCCUUUCGCCUUGCGGGAGCUACUAAAGACUAUAUAAUAAUAGGCUCGGAUUCUGGGCGCAUCGCCAUUGUCGAAUACGUUCCCUCUCAAAACCGUUUCAAUAGGAUACAUCUAGAGACUUUUGGAAAAUCAGGCGUGCGCAGAGUUGUGCCUGGACAAUACCUCGCAGUUGAUCCAAAAGGUAGAGCGUGCCUCAUAGCUUCAGUCGAAAAGAACAAGCUAGUGUAUGUUCUGAAUCGCAAUGCACAGGCAGAUCUCACGAUAUCGUCCCCUCUCGAAGCCCACAAGCCGCAGACUCUUGUCUUUGCUUUGGUCGGUCUCGACGUAGGCUAUGAGAAUCCUAUCUUCGCCGCUCUGGAGAUCGAUUAUACAGAAUGCGAUCAAGAUCCAACAGGCCAGGCAUUUGAGGAAUUAGAGAAGCAUUUAGUAUACUAUGAGCUUGACCUAGGCUUGAACCAUGUGGUUCGAAAAUGGAGCGAACCAGUCGAUCGGACAGCAACCAGCCUGUAUCAAGUUCCCGGAGGCGCUGAUGGGCCUAGCGGAGUUCUAGUAUGUGGACUUGACAACAUAACGUACCGCCAUUCCAAUCAAGAGGCUUUCAGAGUACCGAUACCCCGAAGGAGAGGAGCUACGGAAAAUCCGGAGCGGAAGAGAUACAUUACAGCUGGCGUAAUGCACAAAAUGAGGGGAGCUUUCUUCUUUUUACUUCAAAAUGAAGACGGAGAUAUGUUCAAAGUCACUAUAGACAUGGUUGAAGACGAGGCUGGUCAAGCAACAGGGGAAGUCAAGUCACUGAAGAUCAAAUAUUUUGAUACAGUCCCGCUAGCUACCAACCUUCUUAUCCUAAAAAGUGGGUUCUUGUUCGUUGCCAGUGAGACGGCAAACCAUCUCUUCUAUCAAUUUGAAAAACUUGGAGACGACGACAACGAGAUCGAGUUUAUCAGCGACUCCUAUUCGGCAGAUGCGACUGCCGACUAUGAGCCUGCAUACUUCACGCCUAGACCUGCAGAGAAUGUGAACCUCGUUGAAAGUAUUGACUCGUUGAACCCACUUCUCGACUGUAAAGUCACGAAUUUGACUGAAGAGGAUGCUCCGCAAAUUUACAGCAUCUGUGGCACAGGAGCGAGGAGCUCAUUUCGAACCUUGAAGCACGGUCUUGAAGUCAAUGAUAUCGUCGAUUCUCAACUACCAGCUCCUCCCACCCGUGUUUGGUGCACAAAGACUACACGCUAUGACCAAUUUGAUGCAUACAUUGUACUCUCAUUCACGAAUGGCACUCUAGUUCUCAGCAUCGGCGAGACUGUGGAAGAAGUCACUGACACUGGUUUUCUAACUUCCGCUUCUACUUUGGCAAUUCAACAGCUUGGAGAAGAUGCUUUGAUACAAGUUCACCCUCGAGGAAUCAGACACAUCAGAGCCGACAAACGCGUCAAUGAAUGGCCAGCCCCUCAGCAUCGCUCCAUUGUGGCUGCCACUACAAACGAGCGGCAGGUAGCUGUAGCUCUGAGCUCCGGCGAAAUUGUGUACUUCGAAAUGGAUCCUGACGAUGGCUCACUUGCCGAGUACGAUGAGAAAUUCCAGAUGAGCGGCACAGUUACAUGCUUAAGUCUCGGCGAGGUGCCAGAAGGCCUUGUUAGAAGCUCUUUCCUGGCGGUCGGGUGUGACGAUUCAACUGUCCGGAUUCUGAGCCUGAGUCCAGACUCGACCCUUGAGAACAAGUCAGUACAAGCUCUAACUUCAGCGCCGAGCGCUCUUAAGAUCAUGUCUAUGGCAGACUCUACUUCUGGAGGCUCUACGCUCUUUUUGCACAUCGGUCUCUGGUCUGGAGUCUACUUACGUACUGUUUUGGAUGAGGUGACGGGAGAGCUUUCGGAUACCCGAACACGAUUCCUUGGUCCCAAGAAAGCUGAAUUAUUUGCGGUCUCUGUCAAAGGCCAGCAAGCUGUCCUAGCAUUAAGUUCUCGCGCAUGGCUGGGUUACUCUGAUCCUCAGACUAAAGGCUUCAUGCUUACGCCACUCAACUUCCCAGCCCUGGAAUAUGCUUCUAACUUUAGUAGCGAGCAAUGUAUUGAAGGGAUGGUAGGUAUUGAGAGACAAAGCCUAAGGAUAUUUUCAAUUGAAAAGCUCGGCAACAGCCUUCUGCAAGAGUCGAUUCCUUUGACUUACACACCUCGCAAAUUCAUUCGUCACCCAGAACAACCGCUGUUCUAUACGAUCGAAUCUGAAAAUAACACUCUUGCGCCAUCCACCCGUCAACGUCUCAUGAAUGAUACAAAUCUUGUUAAUGGUGAAGCUGCUGUUCUUCCUCCUGAAGAUUUCGGAUACCCUCGCGCCAAAGGACAUUGGGCUUCAUGUAUUCAUAUCGUAGACCCUAUCAACGCUAAGGCUUGCAUCCAACAGAUUGAGUUGGAGGAUAACGAGGCGGCGGUCAGCAUUGCGGCAGUCGCAUUUGCAAGUCAAGAUGACGAGACAUUCUUGGUAGUUGGCACGGGUAAGGAUAUCACCGUUGCUCCACGGAGCUCAAGCGCUGCCUUCCUCUACGUUUAUCGCUUCCUAGAAGAUGGCAAGGAACUGGAAUUCAUCCACAAGACCAAAGUUGAACAGCCACCCCAAGCUCUGCUUGGCUUUCAGGGCAGGCUUUUGACGGGUAUUGGCAACGAAGUCCGAAUCUAUGAUCUGGGCCUUAAGCAACUCCUCCGCAAAUGCCAGGUCCAAGCUACACCUCAUCUCGUAGUUGGCCUGCAAACACAAGGCAGUCGUAUCAUCGCUAGCGAUGUUCAGGAGAGCGUUUCAUAUCUUGUCUACAAAUAUCAAGAGAACCGACUAAUACCUUUCAUUGACGACUCUGUUGCUCGUUGGACGACUGGCACUACCAUGGUUGACUAUGAAACAGUUGCUGGAGGUGACAAAUUUGGCAACAUCUGGCUUCUGCGGUGCCCGCAGAAAGCUUCGGAGGAAGCGGACGAGGAAGGUUCUGGAGCACAUCUCGUCCACGAGCGACAAUACCUGCAAGGAGCGCCCAAUCGAUUGAGCCUGAUGUGUCAUAACUACGUGCAGGAUAUACCCACUAGCAUUCAAAAGACCCAGCUAGUAGCAGGUGGACGGGACGUAUUAUUCUGGACAGGGUUGCAAGGUACAAUCGGCCUCUUAGCGCCCUUCAUAAGCCGAGAGGAUGUCGAUUUCUUCCAGUCUCUGGAACAACAUCUACGAAGUGAGGAUGCUCCGUUAGCUGGCCGUGAUCAUUUGAUCUACAGAAGCUAUUAUGUACCCGUCAAGGGUGUCAUAGAUGGCGAUUUAUGCGAACGUUACGCGCUGCUCCCCAACGAUAAGAAACAGAUGAUUGCCGCAGAGUUAGAACGAAGCGUACGAGAAAUAGAAAGGAAGAUCUCCGAUAUGAGAACAAGAGUUGCCUAUUAA